AUGACAUUCAAUAAAAAUGAUAUAAAUACAAUAGAUGAAGCAAAGGAAUACUCCAAUUAUUAUGGAGGAGUCCUUAAACCAAAAGAAAAGGCUAUCUUUGAUAGUAAUCUUUUAAAACCAAAUGGUACUUUGGAUAAAGCUUUACUUCAACACACUGCUAAAGCUCUAUUUAAAUAUUUACUGAUAGAACAAAGAACUAACUCCAUUCCUUAUCAAAUGGUUAAUGGAAUUGGUAGUAAUAAACCAAUUGACAAAGUUGUUAGUCAAUUUGAAGAUAUUUUUUUUGCUAAAUCUGAAUAUGAAUUUGAUCACAAAGAAGAAGAAGUAAGUAUUGAAAUUUUAAAUUUAGAGAAUAAAAAAGAAAAAAAAGUUAAAGAAAUUGAAAGUUUAAACCAAAAAAAUAAUCAUCAAAAAUUAUUAAAUGAACAAAUUAAAUUAGAAACUAAUGUUGCUACUUUGGUUACUGCUUUAAAGAAUGACCUUAGAACUCCUGGGGUAGGUGAUCGCAAGUUUUUUGACUUAAUAGCUGAAAAUAAUAAAAAUACUUCAAAUGAAAUAUAUACAUCUACUGCACCAGCUACUGCUGAAACUUAUGGAUCAAUUAUCAAAACUGGUUAUACUAAGAAUAGUAAACCUUAUACUCAUCCUAUUUAUGUGACGAUUGAUUUUCAAUAUCAAGGAUACAAACAAGAAGAUAAAGAAACUUAUCGAUAUAUAAGUGAUAUCUUUUAUGUUAUGAAUAAACUCUUUUCCCAAAAAGAUAGCAAUUAUAAAGAUAAUCCUUUCUUAAAAAAAGGUGAAAAAAGUUGUUUGCAAUUUAAUGAUACAGAAAAGAUUUAUAAUAAUCUGGAAGCUACUGAUUUUAGUGCUUAUCAUGAAGUAUUAGGUUCCGAUGCAAUUAAUAUGGAAAGAAUUCGUGAAGAGCCAAUAACUGUUUAUGAAAAGAAAAUUCAUGGAGAAGAAUUAACUAGAUGA